AUGGAUACAACAAAAGCGAAUGAGUCGGGAAAAACACAACAGGAUGAUGGAACAACUGCUGCAGAAAGUAUAUUUGGAUCUAUGACAGGGAAGACACCGAUACAGUGCCGGAGGAUGGCAGAUAAAUUUGCACAGGCAUUUCUUCAGAGAAGGAAAGAGAGAGCUGAGCUCGAAAGCUUGGCAGAGCUACAAGCAGUUGAAGAAAGUUUUUACAUGCACAAGCAAAACUCGGAAGCGGAAGGACAUACGUCAUCAAACAUCACAAGGGCGAGCAAACAAAAAUGCAAGGACUUCGAUUUAAAUGAGGUGCUCAAAUUCGAGAACAAAGACAACGAAGGAUAUGCUGAAAGCAACAUCCCAGAAUUGCAUGCAGAUGGUGCAUCAUUUGCUGGUGAGAAUGCAUGCCCAGCUGACAAUGCUGAUUAUUCAAAUGGUGAUGAGCAUGGGAACAAAGAAGAUGAAAAAUAUGAAGAAACUCUUGAGUCAGUGCUGAAUCCAGAGGUACCGACUGCUGAAGAGCUUGAAAUGGACAGAAUGUUUGCAAACAAGAAGUAUCCAACAAUGCAAGAGAUAUCAGAGGCAGCUACUCCCACAGUUGGGAUGGAAUUCAAUUCAAAAGAUGAUGCAUUCUUCUUCUUUGCAGUGUACGCAAGAAGGGUUGGAUUUGCAAUAAAAAGGGACACCUCCUACGAGUCUAGAAAAACCAAUGAAAUAACAAGACAGACAUUCUCAUGCAACAGGUGCCGUGACGAUACAUACGUUGACAGUGCACUCAGACAGAGACGGACUUCCAGGAUUGUGCAGACAAAAUGCAAAGUCAGGAUGUUUGUGAAGGAAUACAGAGGAAAGUGGUCAAUAAGUAACGUGAGACUAGAACAUAACCACAGCCUAGCUCCGUCAGAGUGGAUAGUAAGGUUCAUGAAGUGUCACGAGUCAAUGUCCGCAUCGGACAAGACUCUGAUCCACAUCCUACAAGAAACAAGAGUUCCACCCAGGAACAUAAUGAAAAUAUUCAGGAAAACAAGGGGAAGCUUCAGGGCAGUUCCAUUUGAUACAAAAAACCUAGAGAACGAGCUAGCAAAAGAAAGAAAGAAAAUUAAGAACAGGGACAUUGAAGAGUUGUUGCUACUAUUCAAGGAAGCACGUGAAAAGAUGCCUGGAUUCAGACAUUCACUUGAUGUUGACAGCGAUAAUAGAGUGAAAAGUAUAUUUUGGACAGACCAGAUAGGGAGGGCAAACUACUCAAAGUUUGGGCAAUUUGUAUCAUUUGAUACAACAUUUUCAACCAACCAGUAUGGGAUGCCAUUUGCUCCAAUAUUAGGGGUUGAUAACUAUGGCAAAACAGUCGUGUUCGGAGUAGGACUGCUCGAGGAUGAGAGAGCAGACACUUUCAAGUGGCUGUUUGAGGAAUUCCUGUCUGCUAUGGACAACAAGCACCCAGAAACUAUAAUAACAGACCAAGACGUUGCAAUGAGGAUUGCAAUAUCUGAAGCAUUACCUUACACAGUGCACCGUUUCUGCAACUUUCACAUCAGCAAGAACCUGGAUGACAACUGGCAUGAUCUACUGGAGCGCCACAAUGCUUUGGGAGAGCCACACCUGGACAGGAUAUAUGACAUCAGAGCUCAGUGGGUCCCAGCAUAUUUCAAAGAGAGAUUCUUCCCAUUCACUUCAUCGACGGGGAGAAGUGAGAGCACAAACUCCUUAUUCAAACACUAUGUAAAAAGGAAGGACUCGAUUGCAACAUUCUUCAAGGAGUAUAUCAUAAUACAAGAAAAAAAACAGUCCGACCUAGAUCGCCUAAGAGAGAAAAGUGAGUUCAAGGAGUCUGUGAAUUGGGGAUUCAAUCCUCUUGAAAGGGAAGCAAUGAAAAUCUACACGGACCCAAUAUACGGCAAGUUUGCUGAAGAGCUAAGGAAGGGUACUGCUUACAACGUUGAAGUUGUGGAAGAGAAGAGAAUGUACAGAGUUAUUAGGGUGGCAAACUAUAGAAAUGCAGAGUUCCCCAGAUUAAUAUAUGUGGUUACUGUUUCCUCUGAUGACGAUGUGUACAGAUGCUCGUGCUCUAAGAUGGCUCGCGAUGGAAUACACUGCUGCCAUGUCAUGAGGGUGGCUAGUCAUAUUGGUUUGACUGAGCUUCCUGUCAGUUUCAUCAACCCUAGAUGGACUACUGCAGCUGGGAUAGAGGUAGCGCGAUUGACGGAGAGAAGAAGCAAUACAGCAUCACAGAACACACACUUGGCUGUUAGACACGCGAUUGAAAUGAGCAAAAUAUCACACAUACUAUCUACUGUCUGCACGGAUGAUAGGUCAUACGACUUGUUUGCUGAAGGAGUUGCUGAGCUGAAGAAAGCUAUAUGCAAAGAUGCAAUGGAACGCCUCCAGACGAAAGAAAAAGUCACACGUAAGAGAAAAAAGGUUGAUGACCCAGUUCAACAAGAUACUGACAAUAUGCGUCAUGAAGAUAGAGAAGACAACAAUCAUGGACACAACAAUGAACAGAUACACCAUGAGGAGAAAAAUUCAAGUGACGAAGAAAAAAAUGAAGAUGAGCAUCGCCCUUAUAAGGAUCCACCACAGUCAGGAAAACCAGGGUUCAACCUAGGUGAAAGACCUAUGAAUUUCCAUGAGAAAUGUGCUGCAAAACUAAAGAAAAAGGCUGCACCAAGAUUGUGUGGACUUUGCAGGUUGCCUGGACACAAGAGACCAAAAUGCCCAGACAGAGACAAGGUUGGCAUGAGCAUACCAGGAAUGGAUUCCCAGAAAGAAGAAGGGAACCCAUGA